UCCAGUAGUCGAUAGAUUUUGUGUCGUGGUGGUUUGCGUUUUUCGCAUAGAUUUCCAGACUUAAAUAAUUUUCUAACCGUAAUUGUAAUGUAAAAUAACAUUUUUGGUAAAUUGUAGCCUAGGAACCAAUGAAUGUGUGAAAAAUACGUUAAUAAUGUCGCAUUUGGAUACCUUUUCAAUAAUUUGAGGUAGAGUGUCACAUCGUUUCGCAAGUAGUUUUUGUUGGAACCUCGGAGGUGUUUUAUUUGUGUACGGUUUCGUGAAAAACAUCGGGUGUAAUUUAUUGUGCAAAUUGUGCAGUGCUAGUGGCGCUAGAGCAUUGUUUGUGUGGGAUAACGGUGAAUAUAGUGAAAGUUGGUUAGGUGUUUGUGUUAUUACGUUGGAAAACCAAAAAUGCUGGAAAUCGGUUCCGACCCCAGCGAUGUUUCCAUAAAGGGAGACGAAGGGGCGAGAUUUCCAGUCAUAUUAUCUUCAUAAUGGGGAAUUCCUACCAGCGGCAGACUCACUUCGCCGCCAACCAUGCUGCGACCAGAGUCGCCCCUCGCUGAUCACCGGAGCCUCCUGCCGCGGCGACUGCUCCCGGCGAAGGCGCAAAUCGCCCCAGCAGACAAAAAGAAAAACAGACGAUCUCUAGAAUUAAACCCUCCGUCCAACGACCACGCCCCGUACGAUUACCCGAAACUCUUGAUCUCAAAAACCACAGACUCCCUCAACACGGAAUGCCCACGUAAGCUAAUUAAUAAGCAAGAUUCAUCCGAGAGUCUCAAAAGGGCGCUCCUAGCUAAAGAUGAUAAAAAGUGCGGUGCGCUCAAGGACGCGGAUAAGAAGGUGAUUGCGAAGCAGGACUCCAGUGAAAGCUUAAAAAAAGCGUUGCUGUGCCGCCAAGAUUCAAAUGAUAGUGCGAAAAGAAGAGAAUCUGAUCCGAAAUGGGUGCAGAAGCAGGAAGAAACUAAGAGAAGUUUAGAAGUGAAACGCGGCGGAGACAAGAAGGGUUUAUUGGAGACUGACAUAGACGAUGCUUGCAAGCGGAUAUAUGAGAGGAGAACGGGAUGCGCAAGGCCAACAUUACCCCCCGUUGCUGAGAAAGGCGUAUCGCCAAAAUCUCCUAAUGGUAGUCCCUUAACACCAGGCGUAGCUGCCGUUGCUGAAGGUGUGGUUCGAUGGGGUAGCGGCCUUUUGUCUCCUAAGGAAGAACCAAGACUCAGGCCUGCGAGAAGCUGGUACGGGUAUGGGACACUGCCAACUGACAACGAAAAGAUGGGAGCAGGUGCGAACGGACCCGGCGGUCGGCGGGCCCUCGAGCUUAUCCUAAGUGGGGGGCUCAAGUCCUUAGCGAGACCAACGAAGCCAGUCAGGAGAGCUGCUUCAAGAGAUUCGGUUUUAUCUCAACCACAACCGCUGCUUGAAGGUCUCAGGAAAUGCUCGACGGUCCUCGCACUGACGGACCGAGAGAAGGCUCCGGAGCCGCUCAGGCCACAUAACCGACUGCGCGCACCUUCCGUCUGCUCCCGGUGUUCGUCGCUUUUGUCCCUCGCCGGCGCUGGAGGAUCCAGGUACUCGCUGGACGGCGCCGGAGGUGGAUUCGUAGCCACUGCCCCAAUAAACUGCAAGCUGUGCUUAGAAGACGCCACGUCGGAUAAGACCACCGUCAUAUCUGGAUGCGGCUGCUCUUUUUGCACUAGGUGCAUGAAAGCGUACGUGGAGUUCGAAGUCUGCAAUGGCGCGUACGAGGUAUCCUGUCCCGACGACCGGUGUUCCGCUGGCGCGGCGCUCUCCCUCGACGAGAUCUCGAUCCUGGUGGCACCAUCUGUUAUGGAGAAGCAUCUCAAGUUCAGGCUUAACCACGAGGUGGCCAUGGACGCGAUGAGAGCGUUUUGCCCCAGACCCGGCUGCGAUACAGUAGUACCUGUGCGAGCUGCCAGCCCCGCCCACUGCCCGACGUGUAGACACGACUUCUGCUCACAAUGCAACCAAGAGUGGCAUGGCGGGCUGUCCUGUGAGGCUGCCGCCGCGUCCUCUUCAAUGGGAGGUGCGGGCGCCCCUCUCCUACCAGACUCCGAGCUGAUUAAACUGUGUCCAAUGUGCCGGGUGCCCAUAGAGAAGGACGAAGGCUGUGCGCAGAUGAUGUGCAAGCGAUGCAAACACGUCUUCUGCUGGUAUUGCCUGGCUUCAUUAGAUGACGACUUCCUACUUCGCCACUACGAUAAAGGGCCGUGCAAAAACAAGCUCGGGCACUCGCGGGCAUCAGUUUUAUGGCAUCGUGCGCAGGUCGUGGGCAUAUUUGCGGGAUUCGGGCUGCUGCUGUUAGCAGCGAGCCCGCUUCUACUGGUAGUCGCGCCGUGCAUCGUCUGCUGUAAAUGCAGACUAUGCAACCCGAACACAAAAAACCUCGAGGAGGUGGACGAAAUCGAAAGCAUCAGUCCAGGCCGAGACGACGACGGUGACGAGACGAGAGCGAGGUUUCUCUCCGACUGACGACGCCGCUAUUAGAUAAGGGACUUGAAUACGAGGUAAUACGUACCUUUAUUGCGUUUGCGUUACGACGAAAUGUUAGGCCGAAUUUCGGACGUGCUGAUCGAACUUUUUAAAUCUAAAGGUUGUAGUAUAAUAACAUAUAUUAUAUACCAUCGAUAAGUGGUUGUAAGCAUGCGUAUAAGAACGUUGUUGUAAUGUACUUUAAAUGAUUGUAGACAGCGAAACUCCGACCGAUACACCAGAGGGUUUGUCUCUGAAUUUCGGUCGGUAAUUUCGUAGCGAUGAUGAAGGGUGAAGUUUUGAAAGGACGACGACACGAUUCAGCCGGUCAGAUGUGAUACUGGUUAAGGAAAAUAUUGUGCAUCGAUUUGACUAAUCGCGCGUCGCGUGUUCAUCGGGUAGGUUUUUAAGUAUGUGUACGUAAGAUUAAAAGUGAAUGCGGUGUAUUACAUAAGUUGAAGUUGCGGAUGUCCAGUAACCCCAAAGGGACGCUGGGUUUAAUUUAUUGUAUUUCGCAAAAAUGUAUAUAUGGAUAUAUUGAUCUGGUUUUUGCGGAUAAAAAAAAACUUGGUUUAAAGUUCGAUUAUCCCCGUUUAAACUAAACUCAAUGCAAUCAGUGACGUGCACAGUGGUCUACCAGGGUAUGCUUAAAGCAAGAAGAUGGUGUAAAGAAAAAAAAAAUAGGGUGGGCAUUGCUUUCGUGCAUGUAUGUAGUGCACGCCACUGAAUGCAACAAAGCAAAAAUAAUAUGUAUUGCAAAACGUGGUUUUAAUAAAGUUGGUUUCCAAAGCAGACUUUGAAACUAGCCAUUUAUGCUGAAAUUGACGUUAGAUGGUCAUUUCAUUAAUAUUGUAAUAUGACGUCUUUAAUAAAUAUUGUAUAAAUAACAUUUGAAUGUUAGAUAAGUUUUUGAAUGUACUUUAAAUGUGAUAGAUAGGAUAUUACUGUAGAUACAAAAUUCGGUACUUACGCCAGUCCAGUAAUUCCAUUCCAAGAUCGGCCUGGAUUGGAAUGGAAAGGGCAACUUAUGUCGCAACUUCUGCACAUCACUUAAUUUAUUAUAAUGACAUUGGUUUUACUGCAGUGGAACGCCAAAGGUUAGCUACUUAGCUUGGAAAUUCGGCAUAUCCUGCGCAUUAGACUGCCAUUCCAAUAACUGGACUGGAUUGCUCAAUGUCUGACAUGGAAUUAAAACACUGUUCACAUCGUUCUAGUUAGUACACCUCUUUGUUAGGGUGAGACUUUUGAAUUUAAACUCAAUGUGGUAGCAAUAGAUUUCCGAGUUUACCUUUAAUAAAAUAAAACUGCUUGAACUUUUAUAAAUGCAUUUAAAACUUUCGGAACCUCACAAAUAGACUUGGCAUAGAGCCAGAAUAAUGUAUUGUCGCACUUUAACUAAGAGCCCCUUCCGAAUAUCAGAGCGUGACAAAACAAAAACUAUUCCGACGUUACGCCUUGUUUACUUGUAAGACCUUUAUAGCCCUUCUAUCUUACGAUAGCCGUUUGACCUCGGUUUUAGUGCAGUAAACCUUAUUCACUCCCAUUUAAAAAUAUGGAGCAUAAAUACCAAACGGUCUUUUAGAGCAAGAUCAACUAUAUCAUUUGAUAUGCCAUCGAAAUUAUAUUCUUUGUUAUAUAGUAUGUAACGAAGGCGGAAAGUGUAUUUUCAUUGUGAUUCAUAUAUAUAUUAUUGUAUUCAUAUAUAUUGUAUAGUAGAUGUUCGUAUUGGAUAGAAGCAGGCGUUACUUUGCGGAAUGCCAUGA